GCCUAUGUACGGUUGCCAGCGUGCAUAUGUCGUUUUAACCCAUCAAGAAAAAUAUCCUUGUUCUAUUUUCCGUCUUUCUGCUAGGGUUUUGCCUCUGAUUCAAUUUUCUAGGGUUUUUGAUACGCCCUCUGAUUGCUGUUAAAUUCCCACAAUAACCAUGCCUCGGUAUUACUGUGAUUAUUGUGACACUUAUUUAACCCACGAUUCUCCAUCUGUUAGAAAGCAACACAAUGCAGGUUACAAGCACAAGGCAAAUGUGAGAGCCUACUAUCAACAGUUUGAGGAGCAACAAACCCAAAGUUUAAUUGACCAAAGAAUAAAGGAACAUCUUGGCCAAACUGCAGCAUUCCAGCAGGUUGGAGCUGCAUACAAUCAGCAUUUACUGGUACAAAGGCCCCGCCUUCCUGUUCUACCAACGCCAGUAAUGCCCAUUGCAGGGAAUCCACAAUUACCUGCAAAUACACCACUAAUUCCUGGGAUUAGGCCUCCUGUUCUUCCAAGACCUAUACAUGGUGCUCCAGGCUAUUUGUCUGCUCCAGGCAUGCCACAAAUGGUGGCACCACCUGGUGCACCUCCCUUACCUGGUCAAGUAAAUGGUGUUCAAAGGCCUCCCAUGGGGAUUUCCCCAACAACUGUUCCUGGGAGUAUGCCAGCACCUGCUGCUUCUAGAGGUGCCCCUUCCAUGGUUCCACCUGCUACUUACCAAGCAAAUCCAGCAGCACCCACAAGUGGAGGCUUUGACAGCUUCAUUAACGCUCCCGCUCCGGCUUCGGCUCCAGCUCCAGCUCCUGAGGCUAAUCAUUAGUCUCAUCAAAUUGGCAAUGAGAAGAAACCAAAAACGCCACCUCUACACUGUGAUGCCUAUAUAAAUUUUCUAGAAUGGUUGGAUACCAUCCAUCAUUUUUGUAAACAUUAGCUAUUGUAAUAUGAUAACUAGAUUCAACUUAAAAGGGCUGCAUUUUCCCUGAAUUGAAAUUUUAUAUGAUUUGCUUAGAUUCUGUGGUAGAAUUCUGAUUGAUGUCUUCAGUGAUUUGAUGUUGAUUACAAGGACGAGAAUGUAUUUUUUGGCAUCUUGCACUAGAAGAGCUUUGUGUCCA